AUGAUUGGCAUUUGCCAAUUGCCAUCACUCAUCACUGUUAAAAUCUCGGUGCGAUUGUUUCAGCAAGAAGCGGUGAGAAAUCGACGAAGCAGAGGAAGAAAAGAUCAGCAAUGGAGACGAAACCAACAGAAAUCAGCAGUUCAAAGAUGUUUGGAGGAUUCAACAAGAGAUACAAGCAUUUUAGUCCUACUCUGGGAUGUUCCAUGACUUUCCACAUUUACUUCCCUCCUCCUACUUCCCCUUCUCAAAAAUUUCCUGUUCUAUACUGGUUAUCCGGUCUUACAUGUACAGAUGAAAAUUUCAUUGCUAAAUCUGGAGCUCAACGUUUUGCUUCUAGUGAGGGCGUUGCUUUGAUUGCCCCGGACACAUCUCCAAGAGGGCUAAAUGUCGAAGGAGAGGCAGACAGCUGGGACUUUGGUGUAGGUGCGGGGUUCUAUUUGAAUGCUACACAAGAGAAAUGGAAGAACUGGCGCAUGUAUGAUUAUGUUGUUAAAGAGCUGCCUGAACUCUUGAAAGAGAACUUCCCACAACUUGACACCACACGCGCGUCAAUAUCAGGUCAUUCAAUGGGAGGGCACGGAGCGCUAACAAUAUAUCUGAAGAACCUGGACAAAUAUAAGUCCGUAUCAGCCUUUGCACCAAUUACGAAUCCAAUAAACUGUCCCUGGGGUCAGAAAGCCUUUAGUAAUUAUCUGGGAGAAAACAAAGCUGAUUGGGAGGAAUAUGAUGCUUCUUGCUUGGUUUCAAAGUUCCAUGAUGUUGCUGCUACUAUCCUGAUUGAUCAGGGUGGCGAUGACAAAUUCUUGCAUGAUCAAUUGCUACCGAACAAGUUUGAGGAGGCUUGCAGAAAGGUCAAUGUACCUCUUUUGUUGCGUCUGCAACCUGGCUACGACCACUCCUAUUUCUUCAUCGCGUCCUUCAUAGAGGAUCACAUCAGUCACCAUGCUCAAGCCAUGAAGUUAUAACUUUGUACUCCAAGAAUGUAGUAUGCUGUGUGCUUACUUGCGGAAUGUACCUUAGUAUGUUCAUCCUUAGACAAUGGCGAAACUUGUUUGAUGAUACUUUGCCUCAUCUAUAAGACAAAGGUUGAUUUGAUGUUAGAAUACCAAUAAGAUAUAUCUGGGUAUGUUUGUGUGUAAUCUGAUUUGGAAAUACACCCGCGUUUGUAAGUGUCCAACUCCAAAAUGUUAAGCUUUACGGGUUUUGCUGUUUUCGAUACAA